AGAGGCACGCUUUCCAAUGGGAUUGAGGCAGUCCUUCUUCCUUGACUUCCACAUGAAUGCUGGGCAGCCCAGGGUCACACCCAUUGCACCCUCAACUCAGGCAAGCCCAGCAGCCAAACAUAGGAGACUUGGGCUACAGAACAGUCUUCCAAAUCCCAGGCUCAGAAAACCGAGGUGGAGAUGACGGCUGAGAAAGUGAGGGGGUGGUUCAGGGGAUCACUCUUCCCUACUCGUUCCUCUCAUCUCAAAUUCACCUUCCAUUGCACAGCAACACUGAGGACCACCAACCACCCCUGACCAUCACCUUGAUCUUGCCAUGUUUGGUUAGUGGGAUGCACGCCCACAUCAGUGGUGUUAGACCAACUCAGAAAAAUAUCUAUCAAACAGUGUUUUCGUAAGAACCGCUCAUGGCCCUGUUAUUUUCAAUAUAUGGAAAAAAUGAAAUGAAAACAACAAAGUCAUACCAGGUUUCCAAGACUUCCCAAGAUAGAUGGUCACACAUGCUUUCAGGAGAUCUCUAUAGAAAUGGUUUCAAUGAUGCGACACCUUGAAAAGAGCUCUUCUGGGACUAGAAUGACAUCUAUAAGUGACAAGUAUGAGAUGUAGUGUUCACUCACAUUAAAAAACAGAAUUUAAGGCUGUUUUUUAGAGGAAGCUUUGGACAUAGGUACGUCACACUGGUCUUGAUUGUAAUGAAAAGCCUCUACUGCCACAAACAUUAGUGUACUGGCACCUGCCAGUAAGAAAAGUAAAUCAGCAUAACCAUGGGAUGCAGCAAGAAGAAUAUUGAGCCAGGAAAGAAAAUAUUUUUAAGAAAUGAGUUACUCAUUGACUUUCUAGUGGAUACAGAAAAAACUGCAGAAGACUCAGAGGAUAUCAUGGCAGUGUAAUAGACUGAUAUCUUAAACUUGUGGAAAAGCCUUAAAUUCUGUUUAACAUGUGAGAAGGACUCACAUGUUUAACAUGACUGACUUCAUGAGUAGCAUUAAGGAAGUAUCACGUGUUGGGAAACUGUUUCUGCCUUGAUGAUUUUAUACACAUAAGAGAUGAAAAAUGAGGCACAUGCUUAGAUGUAUUGGGAAUGAGAUGGCACUGUGGCAUUGUCACAACGGUACACAAAUACUGAGAGUGACUUAUAGAGUAAUGGUCCCCAUCUGUUGUGACCUCAGGUGAGACCAGGAGGCCUGUGUUUUAGCAAACCCUGGGCAGUUGGAAUGAAGGGCUCCUAAGAUUCCAUGACACGGCCAGCUUUUAAUUCUGUUAUUGCAACAGCAGACGGUUACCUGGGACACUGGCUGCUAUCUCUCUCACUCUUGUCAGAGUCUGAGCUACAGGCAGCGCCUUCAGUUCUCAGCUCAGGCAUUUUCAACCUUGUUUUUGCGGUUAAGGACCUUAGCUAAAGUGCUGUGAGGAGGGAUCGAGUUUUUCUCAACAUCCCUGGCCCUACCUGUGGUGCCCCAAACGUCGGCAUGAUAGCAUCUCGCAGGACGUGCUCCAGGAAGACCACAGAGGCACACUUUCCAGAUACCAUCGAGAAUUUCUACUCCCAGCAGGAAGAGACCAAACCAAAUAUCGGAGCCAGCAAAAAUAGACUUCUUUUGAGUCAGGUGGCCUACUUCCUGAACUACCAGCUGAAGACCUACAGAGAUCGAAAAGAUCACGAUGAAGAACAGAAAUGCAGAGACAGCAAAAAUAAACUUCUUAUGAGUCAAGUGGCCUACUACCUGGGCUGCCGGCUGAAGACGGAAGUCCCUGGCUAUCUGUGUUCUGUCCCAAACGUCAGCACAGCGGCAUCUGGCAAGCCUCCUUCCAGAGAAAACACAGAGGUGAACGUUGCGGAAGGCAUUGAGAAAUCCUGCUCCCAACAGGAAGAAAACAAACCGACUUUCAGAGCCAGCAAAAAUAGACUUCUUCUGAGUCAGGUGGCCUACUUCCUGAACUACCAACUGAAGACCUACAGAGAUCGAAAAGAUCACGAUGAAGAACAGAAAGGCAGAGACAGCAAAAAUAAACUUCUUAUGAGUCAAGUGGCCUACUACCUGGGCUGCCGGCUGAAGACGGAAGUCCCUGGCUUUCUGUGUUCUUCCCGAAACAUCAGCAAGGUGACAUCUGGCAGGCCUUUUUCCAGAAGAAACAGUGAGUUUAACAUUCCAGAAGGCAUUGAGAAAUCCUGGUCCCAGCAGGAAGAUAACAAACCGAAUAUCGGAGGCAGCAAAAAUAGACUUCUUAUGAGUCAGGUGGACUACUCCCUGGACUAUCGGCUGAGGACAUGCAAAGAUCGACAAGAGCAUGAAAUACAGAAAUACAGAGAAACAAAAAUAAAGUUCUUAUGAGGCAAGCGGCGUACUACCUGCGCUGCCGGCUGAAGAUUGAAGAAGAUCGGAGACGUCACGGGGAGGAACAGAAAUACAGAGACAGCAAAAAUAAACUUCUUAUGAGUCAAUACUACCCGGGCUGCAGGCUGAAGACGGAAA